AUGAAGUGGCCUUCGAACAAUCAGGAGUUUUCCCGUAGAUUUCCUGGCGAUCUAUUAACGAUCCAUGAUCUGUCAGACAAAGAUAGGCACGCGAGUGGAAGUGCUUGGUCUGCAAGCCACCUUCAAAGAUUCCGAGUCCUGGUAAGAGAUCAUAUCGAUAAUGUUCCGAUUCUCGAGAGAUACAGAGAGAGAGCCGUUAAAGCCGUAGCAGAUAACGAGGUUAUGCUGAGAUCACUUCAAUUAUUCUCCUAUCAGCAGUUGCCAACCUUAUCUCACGCAGAGCUACGCGUUGAACCGGGAUUUGGUGCGUUUUACGAAGCUAUUGCCGAUGUCAUUCGUCUUGGAGAUGUUCAUCCACAAGAGGUUCACCUUCGCCGCCCUCGCAGGCAGAUCAAGGCUCCUGAACGACCGGGGUUCAGAUCCGGUGAAGGCGAAGGCCUGUCAUCUCCGCUAAGAGAGUCGACACCUCCUCCCGCGUCCGGUACAGAUCCAACAACCCCUACACCCAUUCGAAGAACCCUUCUAACUGGCUUCUCACCCCUCAUCCCCUCAACAUCGACAUCCAAUCUCUGUAUUCGUCGUCACCUUCUGUGA